AUGGCGAUUGCUCGCCCUGUGAGGGCGCUGGGGCUGGCGGCUGUUGUCAUGUGGUGCUUCUUCAUAUGGCAGCUCUUCCAACCGACCGCAUCGCCGAUGGGCGCGGUCAAGACCAAACUAUCAUCAACCGAGAGCGACCCAAAUCUAGAUCCUACGGGCGAACCCGAGGGCAUCCUAACAUACGCAUCCGGAGAAUAUGCGCCGGGUCCCGCUGGCACCGCGCGCAUCAAUGCCACACUCCUCGCGCUUGUGAGGAACGAGGAGCUGGACGGCAUGCUCCAGGCGAUGCGCGACCUUGAAAGGACAUGGAACAAAAAAUUCAACUACCCUUGGACCUUCUUCAACGAUGUACCCUUCUCCGACGAGUUCAAGAAGAAGACGCAGGCCGAGACCAAGGCUGAGUGCAGAUAUGAGGUGAUUCCCAAGGAGCACUGGGAGGUGCCGUCGUGGAUCAACGACGACCUGUUCCGCGAGUCAACCCAAAUCCUCAAGGAAAAGAACGUGCAGUAUGCCGACAAAGUGUCGUACCACCAGAUGUGCCGCUGGAACAGCGGCAUGUUCUACAAGCACCCGGCCCUGGCGAACAUGCAGUACUACUGGCGCGUCGAGCCGAAGGUGCAUUUCUUCUGCGACGUCGACUACGACGUCUUCCGCUACAUGCAGGACAACAACAAGACGUACGGCUUCACCAUCAAUCUCUACGACUCGCCCGAGUCGAUUCCCACGCUGUGGCCCGAGACGCACAAGUUCAUCACCGAGCAUCCCGAGUACGUGCAUGAAAACAACGCCAUGAACUGGUUGACGGACAAGACGCGCCGUCCGGGCCACUACGAAAAGGCCAACGGCUACUCAACUUGCCACUUCUGGAGCAACUUUGAGAUUGCCGACAUGAGCUUCUGGCGGAGCAAGGCCUACGAGGACUACUUUAACCACCUCGACCGGGCCGGUGGCUUCUUCUAUGAGCGUUGGGGCGACGCUCCUGUCCACAGCAUCGCUCUUGGGCUGUUUGAGGACAAGAACCGCAUUCAUUGGUUCCGUGACAUCGGCUACCAGCACAUUCCCUUCUUCAACUGCCCCAACUCGCCCAAGUGCAAGGGCUGCGUGACGGGCCGCUUCACCGACGGCGAGGCCUGGCUGAACAAGGAAGAUUGCCGGCCCAACUGGUUCAAGUAUGUAGGCAUGGGCUGA